AAAAGUGUGAUGUUUAGACAGUACUUUAUAAUUUGUGUUGUUGUAUCAACUUUGUCUUUGAUGAUGGACUUUGAAAAAGAAAACAGUGGUUCAUGUUACAAGCAGUGCUUUUGUAUGUUAUGCAGAGGAUCAAAUGUCAAUAUAAAGACUUACCACGCACACAAGCAGAAGGUUCUUAAGUUUGAUGAAAGCCAGAUCAUACCAGACAUAUUAUUUGAUGAAAAUCUCCAUCUCAAGGAAAACUUUAGCCAGAAAUUAUAUGCAAGUUCCAGUGUUACAUUACUAGAGGCAGUAUUUCAGCAUUUUUAUGUAUUUUCAACAAACAAUGGAAUGUCGAAGUCAGCUAUGUCAAAUGCUCUCCAGACAGAGAAGUCUCAUUUGCCACAACCCAAUUCUUUGCCUCCAACAUUUAAAGAAGCUAAAAGCUUGAUAAAGCCAUUAUUAAUGCCGCUACAAAAGUAUGAUGCCUGCAUUAAUGACUGCAUUUUGUUCAGGUCGUGUGACAAUGGAAAUUAUAGUGACUUAGCUUCUUGUCCUAUCUGUCAAGAACCACGCAAAGUAAAAAAUUCCAGUCAGAAAGUUUUUCAUUAUAUGCUAAUUGCACCGAGACUAAACAGAUGGUUUGGUACGUCAAAUCUGUGUAAACUUCUUUACGCGAAUAAAGUGUAUUCAAAUGGAAAGUUAUGUGACUUUACAGAUAGCAAUGUCUACAAAAACUGGUAUACAGACCAAGGUGUAUUUGGUGAUCAUGAGGAACAACAAACUGUACCACUAGCACUCUUUACAGAUGGGGUGAACCCAAAUAAACAUUUAUCAACACAAAAGUCUAUGUGGCCACUCUUGUUAACAUGGAUAAACUUGCCUGUUCCAAUCCGUCAACUUCUUGGUCCAAUGCUUUUAGUAGGGAUAAUACCAAGUGGUAGAAAUGGAUCUGAACCAAAGUCACUGGAACCUUACAUAGAUUUGCUGGUUGAUGAAAUACUUAAAUUAUCAGAAUUCCCUACAUACAACAGCUACCGAAAAGCACCAGUAAAAGUGAAAGUUGCCCUUUUGCAAUUUUUAUGUGACAUUCCUGCGUAUUCAAAACUGUUACAUAUAAGUGGGCAUAGUGGUUUGAGAUCAUGUGGCUAUUGCAAGGAAACUGGUAUUUAUUGCAAACAUCUAAGUAAGACUAUUCAUUUGUCAAAUAGACAGUUUCUUCCUGAAAACCAUCCUUUGCGUAGUAGUAACCGCUUCUCAAAUGGAUCAGUGGAACUGAAACAGCAGCCAGUCACAUACACCAAUGCAGAAGAACGUCAUUUGAGAGAAAUAUUUGACAAUAAACCAAACCGAAAUCAACAGAAUAAUUUUCAGAAGGCGACUGGACUGAAAGGAAAGUACAGUAUUAUGAAGUUACCCUAUCAUGACAGAAACCAGCAGAUGCAACCAGACGGAAUGCAUACCAUAGCAGAUUUCAUAAGCCAUGUAAUGGACCUGCUGGUUGGGAAAUCUGACACCAAAAAAGUGCGUCUCUGUGAAAAACAUCACCAGCGGUUUCCACAGACAUGGCCACAAGAGACAGCAGCUGAGCAGCUGCAGGUUGCAAUUGAACCACCAUCAAAGAAAAGAAAAACUAUGAGUAGUGAGACUCUUCCACCAGCACCCUGGACUCUAUCAACUGAUUCUGUGAAGGAAGCAGACAGACGUGCAACAGCAAUCAAAUAUCCAGCUGGUGUAGAAAUCUCUCCAGGGCUCCAUUUUACAAAACCAUGGACAUUACGGACUAUGAAUUCAAAAUUACAGUUUGUUAAAACGGGCGCAUUGCAAUGGUGCAUAAAGGGACUUCUGCCUAAGAGACAGGAAACAACCUUAUUUACUGUAUUGGAAGUAAUUGUCAGAAUGACUCAGCAAGAGUUCGAGAUAUCCGAGAUCAAACAACUUCAGGAUGAUACCCAUGCAGCCUUAGCCUUAUUAGAAAGAGAUUUCCCUCUUAGCCUGCAGAAUCUGGUUACACACCUCUUGCAUCAUAUAGUGGAUGGAAUAGCAGAAAAUGGACCACUUUAUGGGAGAUGGCUAUUUCCAUAUGAAAGGGCAAAUGGUUGGAUGUCGAGACAAGGAUUAAAGAAAGGAGGUGAAGAGGCUACCAUAAUGGAAACAUAUGUGGAAGGAAUCAUUGUAUGA